CUUUUCUACAAUGAAAUUUACAUCAUUUACCGUUUAGUGUGAUUCCUUUAUGGUUCACGGUGUAAUACUAGAUGUGUAACGCUGUAGGAGAUGUGAUGACAGAGGGACUAAAAUGUAUGUAAGUUUAUGUAAAUUGAUACAUUCUUAGAAAGAGAUGAGUGUUUUUUUUUCCUGUUUAUUAUUGACCCUCUGUAUUGGUAACUGUUUAUCUGCAAAGGUGAAUUAUAUGCAGGGCUGCAGACUGUAAGAUGUCUUGUGUAGAGGUCAGGUUAUAUUGAACUGUACUCUCAACCUCGUGACUGUUUAAAAUGAACUUGGAUGUUUUAGGAAAGUCAGUGUUUUACCUCGUGGUGUUUCUGGUGUUUUUCUGUCUGACGCUGUUGUGUUUUUAAUGCUCAAUCUUAGUCUUUGGAAUCAAGGAUGUAUAAAUCAGAUUUAACUGAAGAAUUACAGACAAUGCACUUUUCAUUUCAUUUCUCCGAGCCUAUAGUUUCAGUUUGUUUGUGUUUAUUCAACCAUAAAAAGAUGCUGCUUCUAAUCGAAGGAACUAUGUAAUUUUCUGAGGUAGAAAGCUUGUUUUUUACAUAUAUAUAUUUGAAUUGUAGCCAACAUACAGUACAGUGUUCUUCUUCUUUCUAUUUUUCGUAGUUAAUCUUAGCGAUCGCUGGAACAAAUAUUUUAAGAAUUUAAGGUUUCUGAUGAACAAGCUUUGCUACAAGGUGCUCCAGAAUCUAAUCUGAUCAUCUACUGCCUAGAUGUCCUACACAACAGAUGGUUCUUUCUGCAGAUGCAUUUCUUUAACUUUGGUUUACCCGCUCCUCUACUUUCACAGAGCAAUCCUAUAGCAUCUUGGCACACAAUGGCAGAGAAACCCUUGACAGACUGGGACAGUGGUCUUUGUGACUGCUUUGAGGAUGCACAUACUUGUUGCUAUGGAUUCUGGUGCGGCCCCUGCCUCGCCUGCACCGUUUCAGGAAGAUUUGGAGAGAACUACUGUCUCCCUUUAUGUGACAUACUUGGUCCUGCUGCAUUGGCAGCCUGUGGGAUACCCCUCUGUGUUCCACCAGCAGUUUUGUCUGUAAGGGCUGCCAUGCGAAACAGAUAUGGCAUCAAGGGCUCUCUCUGUAAGGACAUUGCAGUUUCCUGUUUCUGUGCCUUAUGCUCCUGGUGUCAGAUGCAUCGUGAGUUAAAGCAUCGCAAGAAAACCCCGACUGUAAUCACUAUAGAGAACAACACUGUUUACAACAUGCAGCCUGUUCCAGUUGCCCAGCUACCAGCGGUGAUGGUGUCUGCACAACCACCCACAGCUGGUUUUGUUGCUUAACCCAGGAGGUGUUAUGUACUCACAGUGGCACUGCUCUGAGUUAGCUUUAAUGUAUUUAUCAGUGAAAUCAGAGCCUCUAAUAAUUUUUAAUUGAAUUGUAUGAUCAAUUAUUUGUAUUAUUUUCCUAAUAAUCCUCAAUAUUUUUUCUUUUAACAGUUAUAUUUUGAGAAAUGAUGAUGAUAGUGAGAAUUGGUGAUUCACUAUAGUUCUGAGAUUCAUUUGGUAAAAAAUAGUAAAAUGACGAAAUCAGAUACAAAGAUGAAAUCAAAGUUUCAGGGCUCAUUUUUGUAGCCAACUAUGGCAAAAGUCCAUCAUAAAACUUUUCUUUCAGACUUUA